AUGGCGAACUACCUCGCGCAGUUCCAGACCAUCAAGUCCACCUGCGACCGCAUCGUCAUCGCCGAGGCUCUGACAGUAGGGAAGAGCAUGCACUCGCCGGACCUUACUGCGCUGCAACCUGAUCUUGAUGAAUUCAAGACCAUUCUUAAGCCUCGCCUCAAAUUAAUUGUUCAAAACGAUGAGCGAGAAUGGUUCAUUGUGUUUGUGUCGAAGGCCCAUCCUAGCAAUGAUCAAGCAACUAAGAUGGCAAAGAAAGUAUAUGCUAGGCUGGAGGCUGAUUUCAACACCAAAAAGAGAGAAAGAUGCUGCAAGUUUGAUCUCCAUGGAUCAGACAAGGAAUUCUGGGACGAUUUUGACUCUAAAAUGGUGGACUGCAUCAGAAACACUUUGGAUAGGCGGGUUCAGUUUUAUGAAGAGGAAAUACGGAGGUUAAGUGAGCAACGGUUCACUCCAAUAUGGAACUUCUGCAACUUCUUCAUUCUUAAGGAAAGCUUGGCAUUCAUGUUUGAGUUGAGUAAUCUUCAUGAAGAUUCACUCCGUGAAUAUGAUGAACUUGAACUAUGCUAUUCAGAAUCAGUGAACUCUCCAGGGAAACACCGUGAAUUUGGUGGACUAGAUACUGGUGAUGACCAGGCUGUGCUGCUAAAUCCAGGAGCCAAAGCACUUACCCAAAUUGUUCAGGAUGACGUAUUCAGAGAAUUUGAGUUUAGACAAUACAUAUUUGCUUGCCAGGCUAAGUUAUUGUUUAAAUUGUCUCGCUCAAUUGAGGUUGCUGCCAGAGGAUAUGCUUUUGUUGUUGGCUUUUCCAAGACACUAGCCUUGCACGAAAAUGCUCUACCAUUUUGCUUUCGUGAAGUAUGGGUGAUAACUGCAUGCUUGGGUUUGAUAAAGUCUACAAGUUCGCAUUAUGAUGAUGGAUCUGUUGCUAUUGACUCAGAGAAAGAGUUCUAUCGUCUUCAGGGUGAUCUUUAUUCCCUCUGUCGUGUUAAGUUUAUGAGGCUUGCUUACUUGAUUGGUUAUGGGGUUGAGAUAGAAAAGAGUCCAGUCAACAGUGCAUCUUUAAGCAUGCUACCAUGGCCAAAGCCAGCUACAUGGCCUUCAAUCCCUCCUGAUUCGUCAGCAGAAAUAAUGGAAAAGGAGAAGAUGAUUCUUCAAGUCAAAUCAAGAGAAAAGCUCUUCAGCAUUCACAGGAAACCUCUGCCAUUAGAACCUUCUUUACUUCUACGUGAGGCUAAUAGGCGCAGGGCUUUUCUCUCUGUUGGAAAUCUAUCUGAGCUGUAUGAUUCAUCUGAUGGUUCAGGUUUAGAUGCAAAUUCAAAACUUCCUCCCCACAGAUCUGCUUCUAACUCAAUGACAAGAACAAUGUCAGGUCCAGCAACGUCCGAGACUUCACUGCCAGUUGAUCGUCCCAUGAGAUUGUCAGAAAUUCAUGUUGCAGCUGAGCAUGCACUGAAACAAACGAUAUCAGAUCCUGAUUUUAUGACAUCACUUUCAUCACUAGAAGAAUUUGAGAAAAGAUAUAUGGAGCUUACUAAAGAAGGCUGGGAAGAGCUGCUGGCAGAUGUUCUUCCUGAUCUUGCAGAAUGCCAGAAGAUUCUUAAUGAUGAAGCUGGUUAUUUGGCUUCUUGUGUAAAGUUACUUUCUCUGGACAGUGGCUUGUUUUCAUCUAAAGAGCGGCAAGCUUUCCAGUCAGAAGUUGUUCAACUUGCUCACAGUGAAAUGAAACAUCUUGUGCCCCUUGAUGUCUCGUCACUAAUUACAUUUGCUGGAAAUGCCGGUCCACCACUAGAAUUAUGUGAUGGAGAUCCUGGUACACUAUCUGUAGCAGUUUGGAGUGGCUUCCCAGAUGACAUCACACUGGAGUCUCUCAGUUUAAGAUUGUCAGCUUCUUCUAGUGCAGAUGAAGGUAUCAAGGCAAUUAAAAGUUCAGAUUCUCAUGUUCUCGUACCAGGUAGAAAUAUCAUCUCUUUUGACAUUCCUCCUCAAAAGCCUGGCUCCUAUGUGUUGGGUGCUCUCACUGGACAGAUUGGCAAACUGUCAUUCAGAUCGCAUGGAUUUUCUCAAGAUGGUCCAGUUGAAACUGAUGAAUUUAUUAGUUUUGAGAAGCCAACAAGACCUGUUUUGAAGGUGAGAAAACCAAGGGCUUUAGUUGAUAUUACACCUGCUGUGUCCUCUGCGUUGCUUAUGAAUGAGCUCCAAUGGAUUGGAUUAAUCGUUAAGUCAAUAGACUAUUCAUUAAAAGGUGGCAUAUUGCAUAUCGAUGCUGGUGCGGAACUUAAAAUUGAGGAGUCUCAGAUGAUUGAAAUAGAAAUUUACGGAAGUGAUAUGGAGUGUGCUAAUUCUGCCAAUGGCUCCAUCGAAGCUGGAAAGGUUGAAAAGAUCCCUAUCGAAAAUGGAAAGAUAAAACUUCCAGAUUGGGCUAGUGAUGUGACUACUCUUGUUUGGUUUCCUGUUCGUGCUAUUGAUGAUACAAUUACCAGAGGAGAAUCCCCAGUGUCUCCUCAGAAACAGAGCGUUGUAGAUGGGAUGAGAAUGAUUGCUCUCAAGCUUGAGUUUGGAGUUUUCCAUAAUCAAGUGUUUGAAAGGACCAUUGCAGUCCAUUUUACUAACCCAUUCCAUGUAAGCACACGUGUCGUGGACAAGUGCAAUGAUGGAGGUCUACUUCUACAGGUGAUAUUGCGUUCUGAAGUGAAGGCCACACUGCAUGUAAAGGAUGUACGGUUAGAUCUUCAAUCUGGAUUUGAGCACUUGGGCAAAGGAGAUGGACGGCCAGCUUUGAGUUUAUUCCCUCUGGUUAUUGCUCCUUCUUCCAAAGCUGGAAUUUUAUUCAUGAUACGGUUAAGUGGUACAAAGGAUGCGGAUGAGGCAGAAAAUGCAGACAGCAUGCUGAAUAUCACUUAUGGGAUAUCUGGUGACAGAACAACUGGAGCACAUUCUCCUAUACCUAUCAAACCUGGUGAUUCUGAAGAGCUUCUGUUCAAGAUCGCACUCAAACUGAAGCGACCUGUCCUGAAUCCGUGUCUGGCAGUUGGAUUCCUUCCAUUUUCUACUGCCUGCCUGAGGGUUGGGCAAUUAGUUAAUAUGAGGUGGAGGGUCGAAAGGCUGAAAACCCCGGAGGAUGCAUCCAUAUCCGUUAACGAAAUACUUUAUCAGGUUGAGGCAAACCCGCAGAACUGGAUGGUUGCUGGGAGGAAAUGUGGUCACGUAUCGUUGUCAAAUGAGCAAGGUUCGAGGAUGGAGAUCACGGUGACAUGUAUGCCACUGGUGUCUGGGUACGUCCACCCACCGCAGCUGGGCCUCCCGGAGGUGGGCAGAGGCAAACAUUAG